CAGCAGCACCACCACAGUCAGUCCAGCUCCCUCCCUCACUCACUCACUCCCUGCUCCAGUGCUACACGGAGACGAUGGUGUAUGUCGAGCUCGUUUAAGCAGCAGAUCACUGGGCACCGUCGUGACAGUUGGCAGAGACGAGCGCCACAUCGCAGCAUCGUCCCGAGCUCAAAGGAACGUCUCGUCUCAGCUCUCACCUACAACGUAGUUAGCCAUUUUGCUAAGCAGCUAAGCCGCCAUCGCAUUGAGGUUGCUUUGUAGACACACAGGCAGCAGGCUAACCCGCAGACACCAGCGCAGAGGAAAUGAAGGACAAACAAAAGAGAAAGAAGGAGCGGACCUGGGCUGAGGCAGCUCGCAUGGUUUUGGAGAACUUCUCUGAUGCUCCCAUGACUCCCAAACAAAUCCUCCAUGUCAUCCAGACAAAGGGGCUGAAGGAAAUGCGAAGUGGCACAGCCCCUUUGGCCUGCCUGGUCACCAUGCUGCACUCCCAGGUAAGGGGAGACCGAGUCAAGAACAGCAUCUUCUUCAAACUGCCUGGACGGAUGAGCCUGUUCACCCUGAAGAAGAACGCCCUCCAGUGGACAAAGACGACCUCCGAGUCUGAGACGGCAGCUGAGGGAGCAGGUAGCACAGCCCAAACAGCGUCCAGCAGCAGCACUCCUACAGCAGGCACAGCCGUCGGCACCUCAGAUGCUGCAGAGCAGGAGAGCUGUGACUCCACUGAGACCGCUGCCGCCAGUGGAGACAAUGAUGCCUCAGUGGAUGAAAGUUCCUCCAGUGCCUCCUGCUCUACAGAACCACAGCCUCCAAGCAACCAACCACAGACCCGUCUGAGCCGGUCAGCAGGACAACAGGGACGCACAGACACACAGCAAACCCAGCACGCUCAGACCAGACUAAGCCGUUCAAGACAGUCUGGGAGACAGAGGAAGAAAGCAGUCAUGAUGCCUCGCGUUGUCCUCACACCUCUGAAAGUUAAUGGAGAGCAUGUCCCGUCAGGACCAAUGAAGAGGAGUCGAGGAGGAGUGGACGUAGACUUUGAAACACCGGGCUCCAUCCUGGUCAACACCAACAUCAGAGCCCUCAUUAAUGUGCGGACAUUCGCAGCCUUUCCCACACAAUCACAGCAACAGUUGCUGCAGUUGCUGCCAGAAGUUGACCGACAGAUUGGCCCGGAUGGUAUGGCCAGACUGAGUAGUUCAGCUCUCAAUAAUGAGUUCUUCACCCAUGCCUCCCAGAGCUGGAAAGAGAGACUGGCUGAGGGCGAGUUCACCCAUGAGAUGCAGGUGCGUUUCCGACAGGAAAUGGAGAAAGAGAAGAAGGUGGAGGCAUGGAAGGAAAAGUUUUUUGAAGAAUACCAUGGGCAAAAGUCUGGCUUGACACGAGAGGAAUCCCUAAAGCUGACCAUGAGUGAAAGCAGUGAAGUUGCAGCUACUGUGCUUGAUAGUGAUGUGGCUGUGGUGGCAGCGCCCAAGAGACGCACUGUGGGACGGCGGAGGAGAGAUGGCAGGAUGAGGAGACGUACACGGGCUGACUUGCGUCGCAGAGCCCGCAGGACCCUCUGCAAGGCCGCUGCUCCGGCCCUGCCGCCCGCAGAAGCCACUGAGGCCAGUGUUGCAGUGGACAUCUCAGCUGUCACUAUUGGCUCGCCCGUUUCUGAAAAUACAGUGGUUCAAGGUGAGGUGGUGCUGCAGGCUGAAUGCGGUGUGGAGCUUCCAGAUGAGACGGCCCCUUUGGAUCCAAAGCCCUCUCCCAGUCCAGAGCCAGUCAUUUUGCCAGCUCCUACUCCCACUCCCACUCACACUCCCACUCCUACUGCUACUCCCACACCCACUCCCACUCCUACACCUACUCCUACUCCAAGUCCUACCCCUACUCGCACUCCCACCCCUACUCCUACUCCCAGCCCCAGUCCCAGCCCUGCUUCCACCAGUGCAAACGAAGAGCCCGAAGUUACAGCCCGUCUGCUCCCCGAAGAGACAGCACCUACCCUGGUUUCCACCUCCUCCCCUUCUUCCUCCUCCUCUUCUGUUUCAUCUGCCUCUUCACCCGCUUCCUCACCCUCCUCACCUUCAGACACACAGGGAGCUUUUGCUGCAGGCCUGGACUCAUCGUCAUCCUCCUCAGCAUCUUCCAGUGCCGCAGUUGUCGCCGAUCCCUUGGAUGAUACAGCCUCUGUGGUCACAUCCAUCACAGGGGGAACCACCACCAGCAGCCGUGACAGCAGCCCUUCAGCCAGCCCAGCCAGCACUCCUGUACCCAGCGCCCAGCUCAAAGAGCAGAAGAGAAGGCCAGAUGAGAGUCAGGCCUUCUCCAGCUUCCCCGAAAAGAGGCCGCGGCUUGAAGAUCGUCAGUCCUUUCGUACCACAAUUGACGGUGUCCGUUCAGAGAAGCCGCAGCCGACAACAGAGGAGCCCAAGGUGCCGCCAAUCCGGAUCCAACUGUCCAGGAUCAAACCUCCCUGGGUCAAAGGGCACCCCACCUACCAGAUCUGCCCGAGGAUCGUGCCCCCCGGCGAGGGCUCGCGGCGGUCGGGGACGGGGGGCGCACGCACGCUGGCAGACAUCAAAGCCCGCGCCCAGCAAGCCCGGGCCCAGCGCGAGGCCGCUGCUGCUGUUGCAGCCUCUACCGACAGGGCAGGGCCGACGGGGGUCAGGCUGCGGACUUCUGCUGGGCUACCGGAUAGCAGCAAUGGACGAAGAGCACGAGAGCAUCCAGGACCUAUCGAGCCCGGAGGAGGAGGAGGAGGAGGAGGAGGAACCAGGGGAGAUGGUGAGAUGGAUGAGCAGGGAGCGUCUUCGGGCUCUAAUUCAUCUGGAACACAAUUACUGCUUCUCAAUGUAGACCCCACGCCCCAACCCUCCCCAUCCCUGUCCACUACCUCAACUUCCAUGUCCAUGGAGCCCCCACAGACACCAAGUCCACCUCGAGAGGAGGCUGCUGGAGGACCAGACGUUGUUGAGGAAAUAGAAUCAUCAUCAGCCAGUGCUCAUAGCCCCUCUAAUGGGCUAAGUGACAAAAUGAUUGACUCUUCCUCUCCAGAGUCUGACACUGUAGCUGAGUCUGUGGCUGACCAGCCAACAAGGCAAAGUCCGCGACCUGAGUCUGCUGCUGCCUCUGCUGCUCCUACUGCACCACCCUCAGAGAGUGCAGCCAUGGGUUGCGGAAAGCCGACUCUUGCCCCAACUUCAAUCCCAGAUUCUCUUCCUAGGUUUGGGGCUCAGGGUGUGGACGUUAUUCAAACACUGGCCAGCUCCUGUCAGCCCAGAGAAAAGGAGCAAGUAAAGGAAGUUGGAAUGGGUAGUGUCAUCCAGCAUGGUUCUCACCAUGUGGAUCCACAGGAGCCUCUCUCUCACGCAGCUACAGAGAGACGGCUAACCCCGCCGCAUAUGGACUGUGGGAUAGAGAAAGAUGAUGAGGCUGGGACACACAGUGACUCAACAGAAACUGCUUCAGACUGUGAGAAUGAGAGCCAGGAGGAUGAGCAGCACCCUGACCAGGACUGGUCCCCGCCUCGAAGUACCCAGAGAAACAGUCAACUGGUCAUCUGCAGCCCUUCUCCCCAGAACCAGCAGCCAGUCAUCCAGGCCCAUGUGUCAAGUCGACAAGGACAGACCGUCAUUCAGCCUUGCUUCCCCAACAGCUUGCAGAGUCGACCUAAUUCUCAGGACCCCUCUGUCCAGACACAGGGGUUCAGAGACGGCAAUGUUGUGGUCAAAAUGGAACCUGUAGACGAUUUUGGGGCUUCUAGACACAAUUCUGCCGAAGAAGAAUGUCGUGAAGCCUUAAAGCCUUCAGCCUCUCACCUGUCCACCACAUCUGCCUCCAGGAGACAGGCUAGCUCAGCCAGACCUGUCUCCAGUGUGGAGGCCAACAACCCUUUAGUCACUCAGUUACUGCAGGGCAGCCUGUCCCUGGAGAAAGUUCUACCAACGCACUCUGCAAACAGACUGGAGAUCAGUCGCUUGCCAGGUCCACACCCAAGGCCACCCAUUUCCAGGACCCCCGGGCCUCGCCACAGGCCUGAGGGUUCAACACAAUCUCCUGCACCAGAACUGAACACAGUCUCUCAGAGCCACAAGUCUCCAACAGCCCGCACAGUGUUGUGCCUGAUGGAAUCUCCAGCCUCACAGUAUCAGUCCCAGCAAGCCCCCGGUGCUGUUCCAGUCAUCACCCCUCUGCCACCCUCCUCAUCCUCCUCCACGUCUGUGUCCUCCAGAACUAAGUCAGACAUUAGUGCUCAGACUUCUGUGGAGUCCGCAGUCAUCAAAGACUCUCGUGGUCCUCAGCCGUCACCAGGAGCCAUUCCGGACCGGGCCCAGCCGGCUCACCGGACCAUACCCAAUGGCCCAUCUCCUACCCAUGCAGACAUCUGUCCCACUGAGGUGUUGCCCACUAUUAAGAUCAACUGGCGCCCCCCACAUUCUCAGCUGCCCCACCAUCUCCAACAACAGCAUUCUCCAGCAUCCGCCGUAAAGAAUGAAGUCACUUCGCGGCCCUCUUGCCAGGCUCUUGCCAAAUCUUCCCCCAUUAUACCCAUGAGUAUUACCAAAAAGGAGCCUGUGAGCGUCAUGGACAGUUUCCUGAGCGGAGGCGCGAUGGAGGGACUCCUCAACAUGGAGAUGACUUUAGCCAGAAUGGCAAAGAAGGAGCACAGCAAAGCUUCCUACUCAUCUGGCUCCCCCUCCACUUCCUCUUCUCCCUCACCUUCCUCCUCCGCUUCCUCCCUUCCCUUCCAGCUGUACGGGAAACUGCCCAAGCAGGCGGGAAGUGUAAGCUACACAGCCAAUGUGUCAGUGAUGGACAAUAAUGGUUUCACCCGGAGCAUGGCCGAUGGCAUGCUCCAGCUCCGCCCCCGUUUGGCCUCCAGCCAGGCCACGCUGAGCAUCCAGGCUUUCACCGACGGUGCGACUGAGGAGGUGGCUCUCAAGUGCUCGUGCCGCCUUAAAGCCAUGAUCAUGUGCCAAGGCUGCGGGGCUUUCUGCCACGACGAUUGCAUUGGUCCCUCUAAACUCUGUGUUUCAUGUCUGGUGGUCAGAUAGCAUGUUGCCGUCGCAGUGAACUGUAGAACUGUAUCUGUACAGUGUCAGCUGCAGGACUGGGGGCUCCGGAGUGUACAGAAUCCUGAAUAGGUCAGAGCACACAGGAAGAGCCUGAAAGGCAGCUCGCCUUGUAUAAUGACUGGUCUGUAUUUUUUUUGUUGUUGCAGAUUUUCAGAUUUUUUAGUUGUAUUGAUAUUAUUAUUAUUAUUAUUGUUAUUGUUAUUAUUAUUGUUAUUAUUAUUAAUAUUGUUAUUGUGAAUUUUGGGGCAUGAUUGAUUGUAAAUUGUGCCUUUUUUUUGUUUUCUCUCCUCAAAAACAUUUACCUCAUCUUAUCUUGCUCCACCUGUCAUCAUUUGGUGGCCAUUAUUGUUUUGGUCCCUCGUUUCCUCAGAGAACAGGGACGUAUUGUUGUCUCUUUGCUCAAAGAAGUAUUUUUUUAACCAUUAAAAUGAGUAAAUUAA